UGAAGGUAUGACAAGCGUUGGAAGACAUCAAGAUCACAUGAUGGUGGAUGGAGGUUUUUAAGGUUUGUACAAGAUAAGAAUAAAGCUGAUCGUGAAAAAGACGUAGAUCGUGUUUGGAAGUGUAUACAAACUGCUGUGCCACCAGAGAUGUUAGAAAAUCGAAAACCUAUUAUAAGAGAGAACUGGAAGCGAAGAAACCCCCCACCAUUUCCAGAUGCCCAGCCAUUACCGUCACCAAUAUCUCAAAUACAAACACCGUCAAUUAAUAAUGCGUUUGAAUCAGUAUCACCUUCAAUUCCAUCAAAAAUAUAUUUAUAUAAUAAUAGUAAUAACAAUACACAGUUGGUAUCGCCGUCUAUUAGUGCUUCAGAAUCAUUUGCCUUUUCAUCUGAGGAACAAAUUAUCAAAAGUGAGCCAACUGAAAGUAUGGAUGCUCUAACACUUUCCAAAUUUUCUCAAAUGCUCGUAACUUCACCUGGGAAAAAAUCACCUACAGAUGCAACAUAUUUUUCUUAUAAUAGCAGUGAUGGUAAUCAUGAAAAUUUUAAACGAAGAACUUCAAAUGAUCGUUCUUACUUUCCACCGGUUCAUGAAAGUAAAUCACCUGAUCAAACUGGUCUAUCACUUCCUAACAUGAAACCAAAAGAUUCUCAAAAUUGCUCUUCAAAGGUUUUUAAACCCCCAGUACAAGAAAUGAAAUCACUUGAUCAAAGAGCUUCAAUGCGUCCUUCUAUUGAUACAACUUGUUCUACAAUUAAUAAUUCCAUGAUAUCGCCUAAAAAUCGAUUAGAAAAGCGAUCAGCUGACGUUCAAUAUUUUCCUAGUAAUAAUGAAGAUGUUCCAAUGAAAGAUUUAAUGGAACGCGAUUCUCCUAAAACGUCGCCAACACCUAAUCGGGAUCAUUCUCUACUUAAAAGUGAUGAAUUAAUAAGAAAUGAUAUAAUAAAUCAUAGUUCUAAUGAAAAAGUAUCAAACAAUGAAUCUGGUAAUGAAUCAAACGAUAAAGUAGUAGAACAGGCGUCAUCUGGCGAUGGUUUAAAUUGGAGAGAACGUCAUCGAACGUUUAUUUCUUCUGAAUCAAACGGAAGUUUGAAUAAACAAGACAAUAAUUAUCAACAAAUUGAACAAGAACCUAAUUUUGAGAAGGAAGAAUCUUCCACUGAAGAAGAUCCAUGGGACCAACCAGAACCAAACGAAAGUCCUGUGUCGACAAAAAGUCAAAAUAAUUCUCAAGAUUAUUGGGCUGAGGAGGAGGGGAAUGAGGAUGAAAAGAAAGAUGAUGCUCGUGGUGAAAGUGGGGAUUCUAUUGAAGAAAAUAAUUAUCUUACGAGAAGUAUUUCUUCCCCGAAACUAACCAAAUUACCUAUUUUUGAACAAUCACAACUCCGCCAAGACAUCUCUCCUCGAGAAUUAUUUACACCAAUUCCCGUACAAGAUAUAGAGACUUUACAACAACAGCAACAACAGAAACUGUCUUGGAAAAAAUUUAGUGCCACUGACAGUUCAUUGGAAAACACUCAACCUAUAAAACAAAUACAACCAAAACCUCCAUUAGAACAGGAUAAUAGACUUAUUCCUGAGCGAUUGCAGAACAGAUUACCUAAUAAUGGAGACAUUUUUUCAAGCCCACAACUUCAAUUACCAAAUAACAAUCACGUAACAUCCCAUAAAGGAAUACCAGAAAUAUCUUUUCAUUCAAAUGUAUCUUCACACGCUAUCCUAUUUAAUGAACCUUUACAACUACAGAAUAAUAUGUUUACAAUGGGGCCUCAGGAUCUAAUACAAGAAAAUACAAAAGCUUCUUAUAACAACAUACAACGUACUUCAAUACAAAUGAAAUCCCCCAUUCCACGAGAUCAAAUACAAGAGAAAAAUAUCUCAACAACUUCUUCAUUACAACAAUAUAAAGUGCCAGAUAAUCAAUCUGAUUCUACACAAAUGCAUGUUCCAAAUCAGAAAACUCAACCCAUUUCUGUACAUUCACAACUUCCCUUACAGUCAACAAAUCAAUUUACCACUAUGGAAAUACGUCAAUUAUUUCCUCAAACACAAGAUAUGCAACAAAUUCCUUCAAGUUCAACAAGAAAAGUUACUUUACAAAAUAAUCUACAGGAAUCUCAACAAGAUAUUAUAUUAACACAACCUAAAUUAUCAGAAAGUAGACAAGAAACAUCUCGUCAAGAAAGUCGGUCUACUAUUAUUCUUCAACAACCAAGACGCCAAACAAUAUCAGAUAGUCGAUCAAUAGUUGCACCUCAAUCUGCGCCUGUCCAAAUACGUACUCCAUUACAGGAAAAUCGAUCAAUGAAUCCCCCCCAAACUCAGACACAAUUAAUGGACAGUCGAUCUAUUUUUCAAUCACAAGUUACAACACAAGAAACAAGACAGAUACAACAGGAAUAUCAACAGUUUAGUAAUAGUCAAUAUAUUGAUAAACAAAAAGACCUAAAUAUGGAACAAGAAAGAUUCAAUCAUAAUAGUCCUAAUUUUCAACAAGCACUUAAACCUAUGCCUAGAAGACAUACAUUAUCCAGUACAAAUAAUCCUUUAUAUCAUCAGAAUUUUUCUGAUUCAUACCAUGAGAGACAAUCUUCUAUGAUGGUUUCCUCUUAUCCACCACCAAGACAAGAAAUAUUAUCUUCGGGUAUAUCUUUUACAUCGCGAUCUAUGUCACCACCACAACAAAAUUUUCCGACACCAACAACCACUCCGCAAGGACUAAAUACUUUAUCGCAAAUACCUGAAGAGCAUAGUCAUAAUAAUUUAACACAUUUAAAAUUUGUUAAUUUUAUGCACAAUCCGUCACAAGAACUAUCUCAAACUACCCAACAAAUACAACAAAGUGUAAAAAAUGUAAUAACAAAUUCAAAUAUACCACCUGUGUCAAGACCUACUCCGCAAAAACGUAAAUCAAAAGGUGCACUUGAUUUUAUACUUAAUGCAGGUGGAGGAUCUAAUCUAAAAAGAUCAAAAUAUGAUAAUGAAGAUAAUGAUGCUAAUUAAUAUUUAAUUCUUUUAAGUUAUGUGAUAACCUUUUUUGAAAAUUUUCCCCUUAUUCUUUUCGUGUAAUUAUUUUUACUUUUUAUAAUUUGUUUAUAUAUUUUCUUUUGUAUGUGAUUGAUAGUUUAUUUAAAUAUAUAAAAAUAUAAAUCAAUUUUUUUUUGUAGAUACAUGAUUUUAUUUAUAUUUACUUUUUUUUUCUUUUUUAAUAGUACAGUUUAGAAAUUUUAUGUUUUAAGAGAGAAGAUUUAUUAUUAUUACAUAUUUAUGAUAAUUUAUAUAUUUUUUUUAUAUAGUAUUUAUAUUAAAUUAUUAUUUAAAACUUACCAAAUUAUGCAUAAAAUAUAUAAAAUAUGUACAAAUUUAUAUAUUGGAUACAUGUAAAU